CCGUAACUCAGUACCGCCCAUGUCUCUGUCCUAUGACAUUUCGACACGUGUCUUUGAUGAUUCCCGACAACUACGUGAAGAGAGAAGAGAGAGAGAGAGAUGGGAGGUUGCGUGUCAACGCCUAAGAGCUGUGUAGGAGGUAAAAUAAGGUCAAGCAAAAGGAGAAAGACUCGGACAAGACGAAAGAUUCAGAAGAAGAGAGUUGUUUCUUCUUCUCGCUUAUCUGACGGAUCUUUCGAUAAUAAUCACGAUCGUUCUUUCUCUAAUCCCACUUUCAGAGCAAGUGUUGAUGAAGCAUGGUUUGAUUCCAAUCUCGCCUUUGAAACCGAUUGUGAUGAUGAUUUUCACAGUGUUCAGGAAGAUAUUUUGUCAGUAAACGGAGGUGAGCGUAUCUCAGUAUCGAGUAUGUCAUCUGUUAGAGACUCUAACCUUGGUGGUUCCGCUCGGAAUUCUCUAAGCGAUGGUCUCAAAACUUCCAACUCUCACUCAACCGUAGAUGAUGUCAUUUCACAAUCAAAAUCAGAGAGUGCUUUGAUUGACGCUAAGCAGCCUGUUUUUAUUGACGAGAUAUCUUCAAAUGCUGGUGAUAGCUCUAGAAAAGAUGAAGGAUUGUUGGAAAACUGCGGGAUUCUUCCGAGCAAUUGUUUGCCUUGUCUUAAUUCAACUGUUCCUUCUAUUGAAAAGAGAAGGUCUUUAAGCUCUAGCCCUCCGAGUACGAGGAAAAAAGCUGCGCUUAAACUAUCUUUCAAGUGGAGAGAAGGGCAUGCUACCGGUCCUUUAUUUUCUACAAAAAUGCAGUUGCAGAGACCGAUGGCAGGUUCUCAGGUUCCGUUUUGUCCCCUCGAAAAGCAAAUGUUUGAUUCUUGGUCAAUUAUUGAGCCAGGUAGUUUCCGGGUUCGUAGCAAAACUUAUUUCAGAGAAAAGAAGAAAGAGUUUGCACCAAACUAUGCUGCAUAUAAUCCAUUUGGUGUCGAUGUAUUUUUAUCUCAACGUAAAGUAAACCAUAUAGCGCAAUACGUGGAGCUUCCUAUUGUUACCACCACCCCGACCAAGCUCCCAUCAAUCCUUGUUGUAAAUGUUCAGAUUCCAUUGUAUCCAGCUGCAAUUUUUCAAGGUGAAACUGAUGGAGAAGGAAUGAAUUUUGUUUUAUACUUUAAACUUUCGGAUAAUUAUUUAAAGGAGCUUCCACCUCAUUUUCAAGAAAGCAUUCAGAGAUUACUAGAUGAUGAGGUUGAGAAAGUUAGAGGCUUCACUACGGAUACAAAUGUACCCUUUAGAGAACGUUUAAAGAUAUUGGGUCGUGUUGCGAAUGUAGACGAUCUUCAAUUGAAUGGUGCAGAGAAAAAACUCAUGAAUGCUUAUAACGAAAAACCUGUGCUUUCACGUCCACAGCACGAGUUCUACUCGGGUGAAAAUUACUUUGAGAUUGAUAUCGAUAUGCAUAGAUUCAGUUACAUAUCACGUAAAGGAUUCGAAGCAUUUUUAGACAGGCUCAAGCACUGUGUUCUUGAUGUUGGACUCACAAUUCAGGGGAAUAAACCAGAGGAAUUACCGGAGCAGAUUCUGUGUUGUGUCCGGUUAAACGGGAUUGAUUACAUGAAUUAUCACCAGCUAGAAGAAACAAUUCCUUUGGCUGAGGUCAGAGUCGUGAAUAUAAAGACGAAGAUGUUUGGUUCUUCUAAUCCUUUUGGACAGUCAUCUAACAGCAGUCCAUUUGGGACCCAAACUCAAUCUUUGUUCGGGCAGACCAAUAACGGUAGUAAUAAUCCUUUUGCUCCGAAACCCUUUGGUACUUCUACUCCUUUUGGCGCACAGACAGGGAGUUCUAUGUUUGGGGGCACUUCAACCGGUGUGUUUGGUGCACCUCAAACUUCUUCACCUUUUGGUGCUUCACCACAAGCGUUUGGGAGCUCUACUCCGGCUUUUGGAGCAUCUUCUGCUCCUGCAUUUGGUAGUUCAACGUCACCUUUUGGUGGCACUUCUACGUUUGGUCAGAAGUCUUUUGGCCUCUCAACGCCUCAGUCAAGUCCUUUCGGAAGCACCACACAGCAGUCACAGCCUGCCUUUAGCAACAGCACUUUUGGUUCAUCUACACCUUUUGGUGCCUCUAGCACGCCUGCCUUUGCUUUUGGACAGUCUACCUCAGCAUUUGGUAGCAGUUCCUUUGGUUCUACACAAUCUACCUUUGGAGCCCAAGGUGCACAGGCCUCGACCCCAACAUUUGGGGGUCAAUCAACUAUCGGGGGUCAACAAGGGGGGAGUAGGGUCGUGCCUUUUGCACCUACAACUGAGCCAGCAUCGGGCACUAGUAACCAGACUGAGAGACUACAAUCUAUAUCUGCCAUGCCUGCAUACAAAGAAAAAAACCAGGAGGAGCUUAGGUGGGAGGACUACCAGCGAGGAGAUAAAGGUGGACAACGUCCUGCUGGUCAAUCUCUUGGAGGUGCUGGAUUUGGUGUAACAAAUUCUCAGCCUAUAUUCUCUCCGUCAUCAGCUUUUAGCCAGACACCUGCAAAUCCAGCAAACCCUUUUUCAAGCUCAAUAGCCACAAACUGUUUUGCACAGACGACUCCAACAACUAACACAAUUUUUCCCCCUUCCUUUGGCCAUCCCACUACCCCAUCCUUUGGUCAACCCACUACCCCAUCCAUGUUUGGGUCAACUGUAUCAAAUACUACAUCCGUUUUUGGAUCAUCCCCUAGUUUUGCAACAAACACAUCACAGCCAGUUGGUUCAUCAAUCUUUGGUUCAGCUCCUGCACAUGGGUCAACUCCAACAUUUAGCAAUGGUGGAAAUUUUAACAACAGUCAGUCAUCUCCGCUGUUUGGUUCAAACCCCUCAUAUGCACAGAAUACCACUCCUGCAUUCAGCCAGACUAGUUCUUUGUUUGCACAGAAUACCACUCCUGCAUUAGGACAGAGUAGUCCUGCACUUGGACAGAGUAACUUUCAAAGUACACCUUUCACUGGCUCUGCGAAUAUGUUUUCAAGCUCUGCAUCCCUAACUACAAGCAUCUCUCCCUUUGGUCAAACAACACCUGCUGUUACACCCUUUCAAUCAGCUCAGCCAACUCAACCAUUAGGUGCUUUUGGUUUCAACAACUUUGGUCAAACCCAAAUAGGUGGAAUGGGAACUUUUAGCCAAGGCAACUUUAAGCAAGUGCCUGCGAUGGGUAACUCUGCUGUUAUGCAACCAACUCCUGUUACAAACCCAUUUGGAACACUUCCUGCUUUGCCUCAGAUUUCAAUUGCUCAAGGUGGAAAUUCACCUUCGAUUCAGUAUGGUAUCUCCAGCAUGCCUGUCGUUGAUAAGCCUGCUCCAGUUAGAGUAUCACCGCUCCUAACUUCUCGACACCUUUUACAAAGACGGGUUCCAUUCUUCAGCGAUGAAGAGGAGAAUUCCAGUACACCAAAGGCUGAUGCGUUUUUCAUUCCAAGGGAAAACCCUAGAGCUCUAUUUAUACGCCCAGUUGAAAGGGUAAAAUCAGAACGUCCAAAGGAUAGCCCGACCCCACUGCAGGAGAACGGUAAGAAGUCGAAUGGGGUUACUAAUGGAGCCAACCAUGAGAAUAAGGAUAACGGUGAAAUUCGUGAAGCUACCCUGGCCAAAGCCAAUCAGAAAACAAAGGGGACACAUGAAAAUGAAAUUCGUGAAGCUACCCCGGCCAAAGCCAAUCAGAAAACAAAUGGGACACAUGAAAAUCACGGAGGCAACAAAGAAGGUUCACACAGUUCACCAAGUGGAGCAGAUAUCCAGUCAUUGAUGCCGAAGUUGCAUCACUCUGAAUAUUUCACAGAGCCUCGGAUCCAAGAACUGGCUGCAAAAGAAAGGGUUGAACCGGGUUAUUGCAAGCGGGUAAAGGACUUUGUUGUUGGGAGACAUGGUUAUGGGAGUAUAAAGUUUCUAGGAGAGACGGAUGUAUAUAGACUCGACCUGGAAAUGGUGGUUCAGUUCAAAAACCGAGAAGUGAAUGUAUACAUGGACGAGAGCAAAAAACCGCCAGUGGGUCAAGGAUUGAAUAAGCCAGCGGUAGUAACUUUGCUGAACAUAAAAUGUAUGGACAAGAAGACUGGUACGCAAGUGAAGGAAGGCGAGAGAUUGGACAAGUACAAGGAAAUGCUGAAGAGGAAAGCUGAGGAACAAGGAGCUCAGUUUGUGUCUUAUGAUACUGUGAAUGGCGAGUGGACUUUCAAGGUCGAACAUUUCAGUUCCUACAAGCUUGGAGAUGAAGAUGAUGUGUAGAAACUAGAAAGAUCAUAUGUAGAGACUAGUGUCCUGUUUCUUUUGGUUCUGUUUUUACUUUUUGGGGUUUGUCUAUUGGUCUGUUUUUGCAAUAUAAUGUCGAAAUGAUG